AUGAAGGAUACAGAGUCAGUCGAUGAGUUCGCUGGAAAGCUAUCAGAUAUCGCAUCGAAGACCGCUGCCCUAGGGGAGGAGAUUGAAGACACGAAGCUUGUGAAAAAGUUUCUAAAGUGCUUACCUCGAAAGAAGUUUGUACACAUUGUUGCAUCGCUUGAGCAAGUGCUGGAUCUCAAAACUACAACCUUUGAAGAUAUCACGGGUCGACUUAAAGCGUUUGAAGAACGUGUUGCUGAGGAUCAGGACGAACAAGAGGAUCAAAGCAAGCUAAUGUAUGCCCACGCAGAUUCACAGACGGGUGAAGCAUAUCGUGAGUCUAGUGGUGGUGCAAACAGAGGCAGAGGUCGUGGAGGAAACAGAGGAAGAGGUCGUGAAAGAGGCAAUGGAACAAGGGAUAUGUCGGAAGUAGAGUGCUUCCGAUGUGACAAGUUUGGUCACUAUGCCUCGAAGUGCCCUGAUCGAUUGCUCAAGCUCAAGCUGCAGGAAGCACAAGAAGAUGAGAUCGAAGACACAGAAAAGGCAGACAAGCUUAUGAUGCAUGAGGUUGUUUACUUGAAUGAGAAGAAAGUUGUUCCAAGUAAGUAUGAGGAGGAUCGAGAAGAUGAUAACGUUUGGUACCUCGACAAUGGAGCUAGCAAUCACAUGACAGGAGAUCGACGUUAUUUCUCAAAGCUGGAUGAAUCUAUUACGGGAAAGGUCAGGUUCGGAGAUGAUUCGCGUAUCGACAUAAAGGGAAAAGGUUUGAUCGAGUUCAUCGAUCGUAACGGUGAAGCAAGAACCAUGGCCGAUGUUUACUUCAUCCCAGACUUGAGAAGCAACAUCAUCAGCCUCGGACAAGCAACUGAGUCAGGUUGUGAUGUAAGAAUGAAGGAAGAGUUCCUAACAAUGCACGAUGCCAAAGGAAAGCUCCUUGUUAAGGCAACCAGAGGAGGAAACCGGCUAUACAAAGUUCGUAUGGGAAUAAGAAACACCAUGUGUCUAAUCUCGGAUGCGAUGAGUGAAUCAUCGAGGUGGCACGCAAGACUAGGGCAUGUAAAUCUAGACACAAUGAAGCUAAUGGUGCAGAAGAAGCUUGUUGUGGGAGUUCCUGAAGCAGCAAGACAGGCGUGGACAAGUUUGAUUGUUAUAGAAGAAUUCAAGAAGGAGAUGUCAUCAAAGUUUGAGAUGAGUGAUCUCGGAAGGUUAACAUAUUAUCUCGGGAUAGAAGUACAACAAGACAGUGACGGGAUAACACUAAGCCAAAGACGAUAUGCUUUGAAGAUCUUAGAGGAAGCCGGGAUGAUGAGCUGUAAUCCAGUCCAUACACCAAUGGAGGCUGGUUUAAAGCUGUCUAAAGCAACAGGAGAAAAGGACAUUGAUGCUAUGGCCUACAGGAAGAAUGUUGGCUGUCUACGUUACCUACUACACACAAGACCAGAUCUCUCGUAUUGUGUGGGAGUACUUAGUCGUUAUAUGCAGAAUCCAAAGGAAUCUCACGGAGUGGCGAUGAAGCAGUGCUUGAGGUACUUACGUGGAACCACUACUCUUGGGUUAACCUUCAAGCGAUCGUCUGCAAACGCGACAAGACUGGUAGGUUACAAUGAUAGCAGUCACAAUGUAGACCCAGAUGAUGGUAAGAGCACAACCGGGCACGUGUUCUACCUUGGAGAGAGCCUAAUCUCGUGGUGUUCUCAGAAGCAGGACACAGUGGCAUUGUCGUCGUGUGAAGCAGAGUUCAUGGCAGGGACAGAGGCGGCAAGAUAG